AUGCCUUCGGCAGCGCAAAAACAGAGGCGACGGAAACUGAAACAGAAGAAAGAAACGAAGAAAGGCCGAAUACGCUUGUGGCAGGACCACCAGGAGCGGGUCAAAGCAGCUGUUUUUAGCGCCUUCAGGGGGUGUCCUCUUUACCUGCAUGGUCGCUCGCCAUCCGAGCGGGACCUCUUCGCUGAACAGUUUAUUCCGCUUAUAGCCGACGCGGUCCAGGAAGCCGCGUGGGACCUGCCAGCUAAUGCGCCUUUGGACGAAGAAGCCGUGAAAGAGUAUAUGAUGGAUGUGAUAGAUGACGAUGCCGCCCCAUUCACCGGAGCCUUGCAGAUUGAGGACAUCGAGAAGUACGCGGGAUUCAUUACUCUUGCCACGGCGGCCUACAACUCGCCCCAGGGCACGAAUACGGCUACAGCACCCGCCGCGCCGCCCGCGCCCGUGGCCGAGACGGCGGAAGAGCUGCGGCGGCGCGCCAGAAACCUCAGGAAGAAGCUCUUUCUAACGGCAGGCCUGCAGUCUCGCGUCGACGCUGGCCUCGAUCCCAACGAGCAGCAGGUCGGGAAGCUCGCGCGCCGGGGCGAGCUGGAAAACGAGCUCGCGGCGGUGAUGGAGGCGCUCGAGGCACUGCCGCCGCUGGAAUCUGGGAGCGACGACGAGGCGACGGUGCCCGACAGCGCGGCGUCCGUCCCGGCGGAUAGCGGUCUCGGGAGGCGGGUUGCGGAGGCAGCGGCGGCGGCCCCGCCGGCGCCCGCCUCGACGCCCUCGGAUGUCCAGCAAGGCGACGUGGGAUGCUGGAGCGCCGGCGGGAUGCUGGAGAGCCUGAUGAACGCGCCCGGCGGCGCCGCGGCCCUCGCGCGCGCAUUGCAAGCGCGCGAGCAGAACGCCUAUCGGGCCGCGCGGGACGACAUCUACGAUAGCGACGACGAGGAGCGCGACGUCGCGCGGCGGCUCCAGGGCGCCCGAGGCCAGGAGCGGCGGGAGCGCGAAGCAGUGCCUACAAUGGAAGGCAGCUGGGUCUGCACGGCGUGCACCUUCGAGAACCCGGACCCGAGCGCCCUCGUCUGCGACAUCUGCAACACGGGGCGGCCGGACGCGGUGGCUCUCGAGAGCCGACGAAUCGCGCUCCGGUUCAUGGCCGAAGAGAGUUCCCGCGCCGCGAACGUCCCGCGCCGCGACCAUCCUGCGACCGAGAGCGCGAGCGCCCAGAGUGUCGCGGCUCAGCGGAGGGGUCGCGACAGAGCCGAUCGGGACCUAGCUGCGACCGGCUUAUGGCCCGCCGCGACAGAGCCGCCACCCAGAACGGGGUUGCCGCUGCUCGACGCGGGGGCGUGGGGACAACACCUGCUUGCGAACGUGGUCGCCGCGCCGCCGCCCGCGCCGCCGCCCGCGCCCGCAGUCGCCGCGCCGCCGCCCGCGCCGCCGCCCGCGCCGGCCGCCUCGCAAGCCGCGCGACCGGACCCCCCGGACGCGCUCGUCUGCCCCAUUUCCAUGGAGUUGAUGGAGGACCCCGUCUUAGCGAUGGACGGCCACACGUACGAUCGAUCGUCCAUCGAGGCAUGGCUCAAAACCGGCAAGAAGACGUCUCCGAAGACCAAUGCACCUCUGCCCUCGACCGCGCUCUAUCCAAAUCACGCGGUGAAGAGCAUGGUCCAGGACUACCUCGAAACUUGUAAAAAACACCACUGUUAA